AGAUGAAAUAAAGGCUAGAACCAAUUUAUUUGGGUCUGGCUCGGGUUUUCCCGGUUCCGAACCGUCUAUAAACCAUUAAUUUUCCGGUGAGGGGAAAAAACUCCGGCAAGAAAAUGGCAGCUGCCGGAAAAUGCUUCCUUGUAACUGGCCCUGCUGGUAUUGGUAAGACAACGUUGAUAGUCAGAGUACUUGAAACUCUCAGAAAUUCAAAUCCUAAUUUGAAAGUUCAAGGGUUCUACACUCGUGAGAUUAGAGAAGGAACUGAGAGGAUUGGAUUUGAGGUUGUGACGCUUGAUGGACGUACAGGGCUUCUUGCUUCUAACAAAAUCUCGAGCGCGCAGUCUCUUAGAUGGCCCACCGUGGGAAGAUACAGGGUAGAUGUUGCAUCAUUUGAGUCGUUGGCAUUACAAGAGUUGCAGGUAAGGGAAGAUACCGAUCUCUUCAUCAUCGAUGAAAUUGGGAAGAUGGAGCUCUACAGUUCCUUAUUCUUUCCAGCUGUACUUAAGGUCCUUCAAUCUAAUAUCCCACUAUUGGCUUCUAUCCCCAUUACAAAAGUAGGCCGAGAUAUACCUGGAGUUGCGAGGAUGAAGAAUCAUCCAGGAGCUAGAGUUUUUACACUUGAUGCAAAUAACAGGGAUGCGAUGAGAGAACAAAUAUGCUCCAUGUUAGCAGAUGUGCUGCAAAAGCCUUAGACAUCGAAGAGCAUACUCUUCCAGCUAAUGUUGUAAUUGCUCCUCCUGGUAAAUCAUUAAUCUUCCAGUAACUUACCUUCAUUAUUUUGUUCUUCGGAGAUACACUAUUCAAGAAGACAAGUCCCCUGAAAAUCUCCAAAACACUUUGAAGACCACUUGGUGGCGUAGAACAAUUGCUGAGAGAGGAAUUUCGAAGACGAGAGAGAAAAAAUGGAGCGAUGUUUUUCUAUAACGCGUUGCUGGUCAAUUCUAACUAGUCUCAAUCUAACUUUUCUGAAGCUUCCUUUAAUUUAUUUUCUGUGUUAGUAUGGUGUACUGAAAGAAGACAGUGUGCUGUUUAAUUAUAUAGAUUGUGAAAAACUGAUCCAGUCCUUCAUUGAACUCCGUGCAUAGCGGAAGUUUAGUAUGUCAGACUACUUUUUUUUUUAAAAAACAUUUGUUGUAUUGAGUUCCUCCAAUCAUGGUUGGAAACUUGUAGCCUUCUUCGACCGCCUUGACAACCUUGAUGGUUAGAAGAUGACUUGAAGGACUGAAAAAGAAAGAAACAACAAUAACAACAUUAGCAAUUUGUAUUA